AUGCCAGAAUUCGCAUAUGGAUCAGGGCCUCCCCAGCCCAUCUCCCCCAUGAAGCCCGAGAAAGUCGCCGAAGGCUUGACAAUUGUACGACCUCUAUCGCGCAAGGGCACGGGGCCUGGCUUAAUCGUGCUUGCUCCCUACAACGACUCAGAGACUCCGCUUGAAAUCGAGGAUGGUAUUCCUGGUCUCCGAAUGAAGUGGGCGGAAGAAGGCUACUGCGUUGCUGAGAUUCGGCCUCAUGCCGAUUCGAGUGCUUUGAAGACUGCAGUCGCGAAAUUAAGCGAAUGUGACGAAUGCGAGCCAAAAGAAACGAUUGGCCUCGUCUGCUACGACCCUGAAUUGUUCUUGAAAUCUGCUUCUGCUCUGGAAACACUUAAAGAUCGCAUUGUGGUUGCUGCGGUCUACGCCGAGGCCUCACACCAUGCACGCCUGGCGGCAUCAACCUCGAUCCCGACCAUAUAUCACUUGACCGGCAAAUCAGACACAAAGCUCAGAUCGACACCUGAUAGCAAGAUCUACGAGUACGCAUCGAUAGAAAACGGCCGAUUCGCAGUACCAUUCUACAAAGACUUCCAUUAUGGUACCGAGGCUGUAUCACAUACUCGCAAUCUGACCUUUUUGAAGCAAAGGAUGAACGGGCCAUACUUUGAUCUGGAACUGCUCUGGGACGAGCACACAUACUACGAGUUCGAGAAUCGAAGCGUCGAAAACACGAUGGCGACAAUGGUGGAAGAGCCUUAUGUCAACCACAUUCCAACAUUAACAGGUGGCAUUGGACGCAAGAAUCUGACAAACUUCUACCGAGACCACUUCAUAUUUGCCAACCCUGACGAUACCGAGCUCGAACUCAUUAGCCGAACAGUUGGCGUCGACAGGGUCGUCGACGAGUUCAUUUACAAAUUUACUCACGAUAAGACACCUGACUGGCUCUUUCCCGGCGUGCCACCUACCUACCGCAAAGUCGAAAUCCCAAUGAUGGCGGUGGUCAACAUUCGAGGAGAUCGAUUGUAUCACGAGCAUAUCAGCUGGGAUCAAGCCACGGCUUUGAAACAAAUUGGUUUGCUGCCGGAAACCUUACCUUUGGCUGUUGAUGCACCGAAGACGAAUGGACAGGUCAACGGAACUGCUGUGCCUGCAGGCAAGAAAUACGAGGUCAUCUUGCCUGUGGCUGGCACGGACACUGUUGAGAAGAUGAGGGAUAAGAAUGGUGUUGACUCGAACAAGAUGUUUGUUUUCAAGGCGAAGGAGAUUUAGGGCACGAUUCUGGAGACAUGACGGAUUUAUACGAGGAUGGUGUAUCAUUACAUAUGUAUAUGACACGAGCGAGCAUUUAAAUUGUAGCUUUCGCAGCUUAAGAUGGAUGGCCGAAGUUCAUUAAGUAGUCAAAGCCGUCUCAGCUCUUUC